GCUAAGCGCUGCUAACCCAGGCUGAGCUUACGGGGACUCAACUUUCCCCGAGACCUGGGCGGCCCCUGCUGGCAGGAGAGGGCCGUGCAAAGGGCCGGAGGGGAAGAGAAAACAAGAGGGAUUUAUUGUGAAAUCCGACCUUGUGCCAGGAAAAGGGUGUGAAGCUACAGACCCCGGGGCGACACCCAUCCCCGGCUGGCGGCUCGGCCACCCUGGACUCAGCCGGCCAUGGAGAGCUCGGUGGCCCCCUGCGUCCUCUACCCGGCGGAUGACCAGGUCCGCGGGGCGGGGGCCGAGCCCGGGGGCGCCUUCGCCCCCGGGGAGCGAGACCCGGCCGGGGCUCCGGGGGAGGACGCCGCACCCCCGCCGCAGACGCCCUGCGGUCUGAGCGCGUCGCUGUGCUUCAGCUCCGCGGAGGACGAGGCCCCGCCGCGGGCCCGCGCCGUGCCCGCCGCCGCCGCCGCCGCCUCCCCGCCGCCCGGCCACCGCGGCGUGGUGGAGACGCAGCGGGAGCUGGGCGCGAGCGCCGAGCCCGCGUCCCCGGAGGAGGAGGAGGAGGAGGAGGAGGAGGAGCUCACGUCCCUAGCCGCGUCCCCGGAGGAGGGGCCCGCGUCCAGCCAGGAGCCCGCGUCCCCGGAGCAGGAGGAGGAGGAGGAGGAGCUGGAGCCCGCGCCCCCCGGCGCCGCGCUCGCCCUCGGGGAGCCCGACCUGGUCCUGGAGGUCGCGGGCCGGCGGCUGCGGGCGCACAAGGCGGUGCUGGCGGCGCGCAGCGACUACUUCCGCGCGCGCGCGUCGCGGGACGUGCUGCGGGUGCCGGGCGUGGGGCUGGCGGCGCUGCGCCUGCUGCUGGCCGACGCCUACAGCGGGCGCAUGGCCGGCGUGCGGCCCGACAACGUGGCCGAGGUGGUGGCGGGCGCGCGCCGCCUGCAGCUGCCCGGCGCCGCGCAGCGCGCCACCGAGGCCGUGGCGCCGCAGCUGAGCCUGGACAACUGCGUGGCGGUGCUGGGCGCGGCCAAGCGGCGGCGGCUGGCGGAGCUGCGCGACGCCGCCUACCGCUUCAUGAGCGACCACUACCUGGAGGUGCUGCGCCGGCCCGCCGUCUUCGGGAGCCUGUCCGGGGCCGAGCGCGACCUGCUGCUGCGCCAGCGCCUGCGCUCGGGCCGCGCCUGCCUGCUGGCCGCCGCGCUGGCGCCCGCCGCCGGGGAGCGCGCGAGCAGCCGCCCGCAGAGCCCGUCGGGGGGCGAGGCGGGGGCGCGCGGCGGGGGCGGUGGGGACGCGGCGGGGGCGCGCGGCGGGGGCGGCGGGGACGCGGCGGCCGUCCACCGCUUCUGCGCGGCGGCGGGCGCGUGGCGCGAGCUGGCCCCGCUCCCCGAGGGCGCCCCGGCGCGCGGCUGCGGCCUCUGCGUGCUCUACAACUACCUCUUCGUGGCGGGCGGCGUGGCGCCCGCGGGCCCCGACGGCCCGGCGCGCCCGUCCGACCGCGUCUUCUGCUACAACCCGGCCACGGGCCGCUGGAGCGCCGUGCGCCCGCUGCGCCAGGCGCGCUCGCAGCUGCGGCUGGUGGCCCUGGACGGGCACCUGUACGCGGUGGGCGGCGAGUGCCAGCUCGGCGUGGAGCGCUACGACCCGCGCGCCGACCGCUGGGCCGCCGCCGCCCCGCUGCCCCGCGGCGCCUUCGCCGUGGACCCCGAGGCCGCCGUCUGCCACGGCGACCUCUACCUGUCGGGCGGCUCGCUCUUCGGCCGCCUGCUCCGCUACGACCCGCGGCGCGACGAGUGGCACGAGUGCCCGGGCAGCGGCGGCCGGGGCCGCGCGGCCGGCCUGGUGGCCCUGGGCGGCUGCCUCUACCGCUUCGAGCUGUGCGGGGCGCGGGGCGACGCGCCGGCGGGCGCCGGGGUCCGCGUCUCCCGCUACCACUGCGUGGCCCGGCGCUGGAGCCGCGGCGCCGCGAGCCUGCGCCCGCCCGGCCCGCCCGGCCCGCCCCAGCCCUUCCGCUGCGCCGCCCUGGACGGCGCCGUCUACUGCGUGAGCCGCGCGGGCACCUGGCGCUUCGUGCCCGCCGCCGCCGCCGCCGACGGGGAGCCCGCGCCCGACGCGGGGCCCGACGACGGCCGCUUCGAGGCCGAGCCGCUCGGGCCCGGGCCGGACGCCCGCGGGGUGCUGGUCCCCUUCGUGCUCCGCCUGCCCGAGCGGUCAGACCCGGAGGAGCAGGGGGCGGCCUAGGCCGGGCGCCGCGGCGGGGCGGGGCGGGGACCCGGCCCGCUCCCUGAGCGCGGUGCGGGCCGUCCGGGCCCCCGUGCGGGGCCGCGCGCGGCGCUCCCGUUCAGCGCCCCUUUUUGCUGUGCUUUGCUUAGCUUAGUGGAGACCACGCAUGGGACGUGCGAUUGUGCAGUAGCUUUGCGGAUGGGCCGCGGGAUGCUUGGGGGGUCGG